UACGAUUCUGUUACAAGUUCAUUGAUGGAAAAGUUGUCAGUCAGGAACAUCUGGAUCAGGGUCCAAAACCAAAAGCACCCGUUGAGUCCUCCGAAUCACUAUUGGGAGGCGAGUUUGUCCUACCUGCAACGCAGAAAAUGGCAUCAAAGAAACGUUCGAAGAACAAAAAACCAAUGCAGAAAAUAAAACGGAAGGUUCUACGAGUUGUAUCACCUGAAAGCGGUAGUCGCAUGACACUUGAAGAAGCCUUAAAAACAAAUGUAAUCGACUCGGAAAUGUACCAGAGCCUGAAAGACCGAAGCACGAGUAACAUUCCGCAAACAUCUAAACCAUCAAGUGUCAUAUUUGACCCUGCGACUCAAGGUCACAUGACCAUUGAAGAUGCACAAACAGCUGGAAUCCAAAUUCCGGAAGCAUUUUUGCAUGUUCAACCGCAAGUACUUGAAGCGACAUCAUUAAUGGAACGAACAGCUAGCAUGAAGAGUCUGAAUAAUUCAAGAACGGCCUUGAUCGAAGAGGUUCAGACUCAGUCCCAGGAGAGUGUGAAACAGUCGAUGCCAAUAGUGUUUGCUCAUCCCAGAAAGAGUUUGCUGGCAAAUCUGGUCAAGAAAGUGACCUUGAUUGACCCGAUUACUGGCGAAAAGAUCUCGCUUGAUGAAGGGAGAAGACGAGGUCUCCUGGAUGAAGAGAUCUUCAGUGAAAUGAAACAACGUGAACGAAUCGAUACAGGUGUCCCGAUCACCCAAGAAGAAUAUAAUCAGAUGAAAGAAAACGACGGAAAACUGACCAUUUCAAGAUCUUCUGAAACUCUAUAUUUUCCGGAAACAUCCCAAAUAAUGGAAAAAUCACAGUUCAUUCUGGAUUUGAACCCACAAGUUGAAAUUUCAAGAGCAAUUUUCAUCGAAGGUUCACCCGAGAAUCAAGUCGCUCUUGGAGACGGAAAAGUUUCCGCUGAAGAGGCUUACAGACGUGGACUUAUUGAUCAUUCAGCUUACUGUGAUUUGAAAGAGAUUGAUGAUUCCGUUGAAUUAGUUACUAUCCAAACCACGCAAACUGUUCCUGUAAGGACACCAAUGGAAGAAACUAAUUUGACACCUGAUCGCGAAAGGUUCAAAUUCCCAUCUGCACCAAUCAUCAAUAUUGAAGACUCAGAAGCGCCGCUCGUGUACAACUCGGCAAAUAAUUCAGUUGUGAGUCCAGGUGAAGCUUUGAAGAUAGGAUUGAUUGAUACACCGACCUACAACAAAUUGAUGUUCGAAGUUACAACACUUUUGGAACCAGAGCCAAUUGAUUCAGAUUCGAUCGUUGCCAGGGAGCAGUUCAAACUCCUGGUCAAAGUUGUGUUACCGGGAUCCAAGGAUCUUCUAAGUCCAGACGACGCAUUUGAACGGGGUUUGAUAAACUCAGAGGUGCUGCAAAUCAUCCAAAAUACUCCAGAUAAACUCCUGGACGAGCUGGCCGAGGAUUCUCGAUUGUGGAGUUUGCUUCACUUUUCAGUUGUUGACAAAGACAACUCAAUGCAGAUAGCAAUGGAUGAUGCUUUGGCACUGAACAUGAUAAACCCAGAAUUAUACCAAGUGAUUCACGAACGGGCCAAUAUCGCCGAGAACUGGGAAGACGAUGACUUGGACGAAGAAGAAGAGGACCAGGAAUCUGAAACCCGAAUGGUUCCAAAAGGUAUAAUAUUGAUCACGGAUCCCGAAACUGGAGAGCAAAGGGGUCUAGACGAAGCAUUUGACAGUGGACUGAUUGAUGAAACCAGGUACCUAGAGUUGAAAACGGAAGAAACAAUGGGAAUAGACGAAUUGAAGGUAUCUCAAAUACAGGGUGACAUCUACAUCAGUCAUUCGGAGACAAGUGAAACAUUUUCGCCUGAGGAAGCAUUUUCGCGAGGACUGAUUUCUCUCGAGGUCUUCCAGCGAUUAAGAUCCGAUGUUACGAAAAAUGAAGGUAUCCCAGUCGUUCAAAGACGACCGUUGCCGACUAAGAUAGUGAUCACCGCCAAAUCAACAGGCAAAAGUUACACUUUAGACGAAGCUCUUGAAAAUAAACUGAUCGACAAGGAGACAUAUGAUAGAGUAAUUAACAAAGCAUUCAGUCAAAAUACUACAGUUGGAGCAGAUUUGCCUUCAGUUACAAUUCAAGAUCCAGUUAGUAGUCAGCUGUGCACUUUAGCCGAAGCUUACCGAAAGCGAAUUAUUUCACACUCACAGUAUAAGGUACUCAAGAACAAAGAAGCCCAUCCAGUAGAUUUUGGACCCGAGAAAGUUGUUUUUAUCCCUGGGCGAGUUUCAGUUGUCGACCCAACUACCAACGAUGAGUAUUCGCUUGAGGAAGCGUUAGGCUUGGGAUACUUUGACAUGGAGAGUUAUAUUGAGCUGCGCAACGCUUCGACCGGUAAAAGUGACCUUAUGACGCUAGCAACAACUGGAGGUCUAAAUAUAUCACAGGACCUAUUAGCCGAAAUUGAUACAAAACGACUAUCUAGACAGUUUUCAGCAAUUUCCUUAACUCAAAUUUUGCAACCAAAGUUGGUACAUGCGCAAAUAGAAAAUUUUGAGCUUCCAAUGAUUUACAACGUGGAGUCGAAAACUUUCUAUGCAAAAAACGAAAUUUCGAAACUGGCAGACGUAAAGCAACUUCCUGAAAUUUAUGUGUACCCUGUGAACGAUUCAGAUAUCGAGAUUUCAGUCGAAGAUGCGAAAAAUAGAAAGUUGAUCACAAAAGAAGAGUUCUCACAAAUUGAGCUUCUUCAGAUUUCCGAAGUGAACAAAUUCGGCUCCAUGUUAUUCGCCAACCUGAAAAUUGAAAAGAGUGCAACUGAGUUCAUUUCAAUUGACGAAGCGGUUGAGUCGAAGUUUAUAACCGACCAGCAGAAACUCGAAAUUAAGUCCAAGUUCAAUUCUUGUAUCUGUGCUUAUCGAGUGUUCGCCUUGUUCCAGCAGUCAGCCAAAAUGAGCGUCUUUAAUCCAAAAUCAGAGGUAAUUUCAGAAGCUAAAGUAAAUCCGAGCAACUUUGGACAAUUUCCGCCAAUUUCAGUCGUGACCAAAGGAUCGGCAGACGUGAUUAGCCUCGGAAAUGCGAUUUCUGAAAAUAUAAUUGACAGAGAAGCUAUUGAAAAGUAUCUAAGUACUCUCUAUUUUGACAGCGACUAUGCAUCAUUUUUGCUUAUUUACGUACCAGAUGAAAAAAUGUUGUUCCCUGCUCACCAAGCCGCGUUGCGCGAGCAUUUGACCGUGAAAGGAUUCUAUGAAAUUGCCCAAACUGAAAACAGAAUCAAGACAUUCAUCAAGAAAAAGGAAAGAAACUCAGAAACUAUGGUUUCAGCGCCAGAAGCGCUUGUCAACGGACUAGUAACGGAAGAAACGUAUGACCGAUUAGUGCAAAAAUUACCCGAUGAAACGAGUCUGGGAUCACUGCUAGUUUAUGAUCCCUAUACCAAGAACGUACACUCACUCGAAGAAGCUUAUACACUCGGGACAAUAACAUUUGACCACGUCAAGUCAGUGUUGCUAAACAGCACUACACAUCCCAGAUAUGUUUCGAAAUUGUCAAUAGUAGAUCGCAACCAAAACGCAAUGAUAUCGCCUGAGUUGGCGUUAGAAUCGAAAAUAAUCACAAGUGAGGAGUUCGAAUCAAUGUUCCUGAACUUCACUCGAGGAUUUGAAAAAGUCUUGUCCUCCAAGAUCAAAAUUUUGAAUCCCAAAACUGCUGAAAUUUUCACCAUAGAAGACGCAAUGAACCUGGGCUAUACGACUUACGAGAAGUAUUGCGACCUGUCGCAGAUUGCAGUCGAGGUACCGCAAGGUGUCCCGUCUCUCCUGGUUGUUACUGAUAAAUCCGAACUCUUGUCACCAGUCGUCGGAUUUCUUGAGGGUUCCAUAACUAAAGACAUCUACAAGAAUCUCUACCAUGAGCAUGUUGACUUCUUGCAUCCUUUGAAGCCUAGUAGAAUCUCGGUAUUGGAUCCCGAAGAUGGAGUCGUGAGAACUCUGGAAGAAACUUUCUCAAUGGGUCUCGUGGAACCGGAGUCCUACUCGGAUAUGCUGGCGAAGCUAGUCGAGAACUCAUCGGGAUGUCCAUCAUUAAUGGUCAGGAACCCAGAAGAUAGCCAGUUGAUGACAUUGCAAGAAGCGGUCGAGGAAGAAGUGAUCGAUCCUACUGUCAUUGACCAGAUUAAAACCGAAGACGUCUUCAAAUACAAAGACGCAAAUACAUAUGUAAUAGUUCAGAACACUGGUGAGGCUAAACUAUUGAAAGACGCUAUUGCAGAAAACAUCCUUUCACUUUCCGAGGCUUUGCCAAUGCUUGACGCUGAAACGUCAGCUGACGAACCAUUAGUGUGGGAAAGCAAGAAAAGAAACCUACUGAGCUUCGACGAAGCGGUGCAGAAGGGUUUGGUUCCUGAAUCUGGAUUCACGCAUCCAAGUAGCCGAAGUCUGCUAACGGCUUCUCAAGCCGAAGCAAAAAUUUUGGUCUACUCUAAAGACACUGAUUCAGUUGUCCCACUGAAAACUGCAAAAGAGCAAAACAUAAUUAGCGCAAACGUAUAUGAACAGAUAACUAAAGACGUUCAAUCGAACCCUCAAAGACUGACCACUGUGAUGAUUCUGGAUAAUAAAGGAAAGGACUGUUUCAACAUUUUUGAAGCCGUCAGAAGGCAUCUUUUGCAUCCCGAGAAGGCAAAAGAAUUGGCAUCGAAACAUAAAAAUGCAAUGCAAUUGAUGAAAGCUCCCGAGUUAACAGUUUACUCGAACGAAUUCAACCGUGAAAUGACACUGGAAGAAGCGAUUGAUCAGAGCUGCAUCAAAAUUGAAAAUGCCGCGGUGACCUUGGAAAAAAUUGAAACUGAACCUGAAUCCUUGACUAAAUGUUUGAUCGUUGACGAAAAGUUAGGGUGUUUGACGACGCCCCAGGAAGCACUGGCUGCUGGAACCAUUGACAUUGCACAACUUAAAGAGAUCCAGGAAGCAGUUCCUUCUACUAAGGCGCCCCUGAAAGAAACAGGAAUUUUAAUUUACGUCUCCGAGACGCAACAAAUAAUGUCUCUCUUUGAAGCUUUAACAUCAGGAGCUGUGACUAAUGAGACUUACGAAGAGCUGGUUGCCAAAAUGAAAACUGAACCUGAAUUGAUAACCAAGUUGAUGAUUCUCGAUAGCCACAGUGGAUAUGUAAUGACGCCUAUAGCAGCUGUGGAUUCAGAGAUUUUGGACGUCGAACUUUUUGACGAGUUUGUUGAACUGCAAACCGAACUCCUGAUGCCAAUGAAGUCCACCGGAAUUUCCGUAUUGCACAUUGGAACCGAAAUAGUUGUUCCGAUUGAAAAGUCAAUUCUAAACGGAAUGUUAUCACCUGAAACCUACAAUGAAACACUGAACAAAUUCAAAGCCGGCAAUGAAUUCAUGUGUAAACUUAUGAUGUUCAACCCGCUGGCAGAUCAAGUUUUGACUUUGGACGAUGCUUACAAGAAACAGAUCGUGGAUGCAGAAAGGUACAAUACCAUUGCCUCUUUGUUCCCAGAAGCGUUCGAGUCGGUUAGAGCGACCGGACUGAAUGUUUUCAUUGUUCCUUCGAAGAGAUUUUCGACGGUCGAAGAAGCUUUGCGUCACAGAAUAAUUCCACACACUGUGUACCAGCAACUGCUGAACAAGUUAGCUGAAGAACCACAUAGAUUGAGCAAAACGAUGCUUUACUCAACUCUGACUGAACAGAUUACAUCAUUUGACGAAGCAUUACGUAACGGAGUUUUGACAGCGGAAGAUUACAAACAGUUUUACGACAUGCAUCCAAAAGAAACAGAUCAUCUUUCAUUUUCUUUCCUUAUUCUGGACUCGGAUAGUGGAAAGAUUAUGUCUUGCGAUGACGCAAUCCGAGAUAAUUUUACAAAUGACGAUAAAUUGAACAUGGUUACAGCACAAGCAAACGAGAACCCUUAUUCAGUGACUAAAGUCAUGGUGGUAGAUCCGAAAUCGGGAGAUCUUUACACACCGUCUGAAGCCGUGAGCAACCGAUGUUUGAGUCCGACGCUCUUCCAAGAACUGCGCGACUUGCAUCCUAACGCAUUCGAGGGAACCAUCCCAACAGGAAUAACGGUGCUCUUAGACUCCGAGGGAUCCGAAGUGAUGAUGUUGGAAAACGCAGUAAUGGCGGGAAGACUAAGCACCGGAGUUUACGAGACCAUUACUCAGUCUUUAAAUGAAGAUCCAAGUCAAAUUACAAAAGUUAUGGUUCUGAACCCAACCACCGGAUGUCUGAUGUCCCUUAGAGCAGCUUUUGACGAAGAUGUGAUUUCGAAUGAUGUUUACAAUAACUUCGUGGGCUCGAAUUGUGAAUGUCUAGAAUCGAUUCGACCUUGUGAGAUUUCGGUUUUGGACAACUUCAGCGGAGAAAUUAUUCCAAUCGAGGUCGCAGUUCACAGAGGGCAUAUCAGUUCCCAGAAAUACAAAGAAGUUCUGGUUGAAUUGCAAGAGUUUCCUGAAGCAUGGAAGAAGUUAGUCCUAAUUGACGAUUAUGGAGAACUCGUUUCACCGGAAGAUGCAUUGGAGUUCGGUUACAUAAACGAAGAGUUUUACUUUCAGCUGAGAGAAUCUUUCCCAGAUGGAUUUAAGCCUGCUAAACACAAUGAACUGAAAAUAAUAAAUCUACAAACAGAGCAAACAAUGUCACUCACUGAAGCUUUGAAAAAUGGUGACGUAACACCACUGAUGUACGACAAUCUAAUGCACGCGCUGCAAAGUAGUCCAGAAAAACUGACGAAAGCAAUGACAAUUCACCCUCGAAUGCCAAAUCUAAUGACUGCACAAGAUGCUGUUCAAAAAGGAUUCCUGACCAGUUCCAAGUUUGAUGAGUUGAAAUCAAAGUACCCAGGAAUUGCCAAGCCAGUAUUCAUUCCUACCCUUAAAGUGUACGACGUCCAAACUGACACGCAGUACUUUUUGAAAGAUCUGAUAAAACAAGACAAGCUCUCAGAAGAAGCUGUCGGCGCAGUUUUUGAGACAAUGGUCAGAAAACCAGAGGAGAUAACCAAAAACCUUCUUUAUAUUGAUGCUCAAAACCAAUUGAUUUCGCUAGCCGAAGCAACAAGUCGAAAUUUAAUCGAUGAAGAAAAAUGUGCCGAGUUGACUAAGAACAUACCCGAAUCCCUUGAACCUUGGUCGCUCCCAUCUGAAAUCAGGACAUUAGAUCCAAGUUGCAACCAGUUGAUACCUCUGGAGAUGGUGACGACUAGAGGACUCCUUAAUGUCGAAGAAUAUGCUAAAACAACAAAGCAGCUGGCGACAGAACCUGAACUGGUCGGGAAGCUAGUCGUGUUCAAUAAGGAUAAGCGAGACGCAAAGACUCUCGAAUUGGCAAUCCGAGAAGGUGAAGUUGAUCAAAGAACUCUUUCAAAACUAAAAGCAGACAAAUCAAACGUAAAAUUAAACAGACAGCCAACUGGAUUAUGUCUUUACAAUCCCGAUAACUUGACCGUUACACCAGCUGAAACGUCGCUGAAUGCCGGAGAAAUUAGCCAAGAAGUAUACGACCAACUUUAUGAAACGUUCCAAAAGAGCUCUGCAAAGAUCCCUGGACUGCUGAUUCUGAAAUCUGGAAACAUUUUAACGCCAUCCGAGGCAUUGAGUAAAAAUCUAAUUCAACCAUCGCAAGUACGAGCGUUGCAGCAAGAAUAUCCAGAAGCAUUUUCCCCGCAAAUUGCGUCCGGAAUCACUAUUCUGGAACCCAGCAGCAACAAAGCAAUGCCUCUAGAGUGUGCUUUGAACCUGGGAUUGAUAACUCCUGAAGAGUAUGUCAACGUUGCAAGCAAAGUAAAUGAAGAUCCUAAAUCGUAUUCAACGCGUUAUGUUUUCUUGGAUUUCGAAAGCAAGAAGGUUGAAAAACCACACGUGGCCAUAAUUUGUUCAACCUUCGACCCUGAAACGUACAUGAAAUCAAUUGAAGACUCAAAAGACAAACGAAGCGAAGAAAUUGAGCAGAUUGAAAAUAUGUCGAUGGCGUCAAAUUCAACUGCUGAUUUGAGCGACAUCCAAGAAACAGUAGUUUAUGAUCCAAGUACUAAACUGUUUAUAACACCGACCACCGCAGCUUCUAAAGGACUGAUUGAGGAUCCAAGCACCUUGGAAGGACCGGCUCAGAGCCAGACAUUUGGAGUAGCUGGCGUAAUCGAUCAGAAGACUAAAUCUAUAGUUCGACCUAGUGAAGCUGUGAAACGAGGACUGAUUACGUCAGAAAUGUGUGAGCAACUGUUCUCGAGUUCUGAAAGCUUGGCGAGUUCGGUUGGGUCAAGCACGAAGCCGAAAGUAGAAGAUAAACCGAAAAGGAAAGGGCCGAGUAAGGUUACAAUUGCAAAGCCAUUGGUAAAGAAACCAGAAAAAGGCGGAACGGCAGCGAAGGCUCCGUCGACGCAGGUUAACAUCCCGAAAAUACAGCAGAAGAAAUCGUCUCAGCAAUCAGUGGGAACAGCUGGCAGAAAACCAGCGGUUUCUGGUCAAAAAACGACGAAAGCUGAAAGUCCAACUUCGUCGAAACCGGUCACAAAGACGAAAGAGAGUGUCGUUACAACCAGUAAGAAAGCGGCUUCAAGAACAGAGCCUACAAAAGUGAAAGUCGCUAAAUCAUCACCUUCAACGACAAAAACAGUUGAAAAAUCGCCAAUCAAUGUCAAAUCGGCUAAGUUGACUUCUGCGACCUCCGGUGAACUGUUGAGCCCGGCCUCGUCGCUUCAGUCCAUCUCUUCGACAGACAUGAGGGAGACAGAAGCGGAGUAUGAACUGUGCAUGACUAUGGCCAUCGAGUAUGACCAGUGGCUCAAGAGUGUGGAGAGUAAAUUGGCAUUCAGUCUAUUUAACAAGGACAAAAUUGACUUGGAAGGUCUGAGUGCAGCGAACAAUACGCAGAAGCAACUGCACCACGCAAUCACAGACCACAAGAGAUCUCUGAAUGACGCAGUGAGUGACAUGCAGAUCCUGCUGGACAAACGGAGUCAGUAUCUCUCGCCGGAACAGGCCAGACACAUUCGGGACUCAAUCAGUCGUCUGUCAUCUGGAUUUGACUCGGUCUAUGAUGUGUCCAGUGCUAACUUGAACAAUGUGAAAAGCGAAAUUGAGAAGGAAAAACACAGACAGAAGGAGAAUGCCGAGCUGGACCUGGUACUAAGUGAUUGCGAGAGUAUGUUGAACGACACUGUUGUGUGGCUCAAUGCGCAGCAGAGGGAGCUAAGUCUGCUAAAGCCACUCAGUGGGGAAGUUGGAGACCUCAAGGUGUCCAAGGAGGCUCUUGAGAGAGUGGGGGCCAAAGUUGCCGCCAAGCAACGUGAUAUGGAGAAACGCGUCGCUACCGUUGGAGUCCUUGCGUCCCAAAGAAAGACCACCGGAGACUCCGACCAGAAACUUCUGGUGCUCCUGGAAUCUCUUCCGAAGAAACUUUCCGACUUCAAAGACCAAAUCGACAACCGAACAGAUUCUAUUAAUCAGUACAUGGAAGAAGCCGACCAGUUGAAAGAUGAUCUUGAACUAUUUUCUGAUUGGCUGAAUAAGUUCGAUGACGUUUCGGCCGUUCGAAGUGAGCAGUUGGAGGAAAUUGUGAAUCGAAACGACAUGUUGGACAAAAUUCACAACGAACUAAGUGACUAUGACAAAAACAUAAAAAAAUACAACCGAGACGUGCUGGCUGAAGAAAUGAAUAGCAUGAAAAAAGUGCACCAAGAAAGCCUGAAGAAACCACCAUCACCCAUUCACACUUCAUUCGAGACCAAAUAUCAACUAUUGAGUGUCAAAUACAAUGACUUGCUCAAGUUAUGCGAAGAAGCAGACAAAGAGCCCGAGAAGCUGAACAACCUCCUGGCCGAAUUCGACAAUUUAGCCGAAACUUUAGGCGCCAAACUUGAAGGUUCCGAGAAGACGUUCAAAUCACUGGUUCUGGAUCCUCCGGAAUCCCUGGAUGAUGCCCUGGACGAAAUGGAAGCUCAGAUUGAUGAUGUGUUGGCAAUGAGUGCAAGCUUGGAAGCGGUUGAAAAUCUCAGGGGAAAGUUUGAGGAGAUGAAACAAAAGGGCGUAAUUAACAGUGAAAAGGAUCUCGAAGAAUCAUAUGAAUUGCUGAAAACGAAGCAUGCCAAACUUCUGAACCGACUGAACAAAACAAUGGGAGAGACCAGGUCAUCGCAAUUGGCUCAAAAGACUCCAGAAGAGAGGGAAGCGUUUGUGUCUGAAAAAUUGGCUGGAGUCACUCAGUGUGUAUUGAGGUGCGAAAAGAUGCCGCCGAAUAAGAACGCUAUCGUGGAGUGUCUUCGACAAUUAAGGGAAGCACAAAAUGUGUUGCCUCAGAUGCAUCAAGCAAUCGCCUCUUGUGAUUUCUCCCGUGAAUUCAAGCAAGAGAAGAAAGAAGCGGUCGAGUCCCUUGAGUCGAAGUGUCAGAAAGCCGAAGCAGACAUAACUGGACUUCUGAAGAGGUGGAAUUCAGUUGAAAAUGAAAUAGAAGAAGUUAACUCGUGCUUAGCGGAGAAAAGUAAUGACUUGAACAAAGUGCCGAUGACCGAAGCUCAUUUCGAAAAAUUGCACAAAUUAUUGCAGUCUUCUUCACCAGAACUGCAAACUCAAGCUGACAAAAUUGAGGCUCUCGAUUCCAAGGUUAAGGAUGUCCUCUCAGACCCUCUCUUCAUCCAGGAAGAAACCAUUCAACCCAGUCUGAAAGAGAACUUGAACAAUUGUCAACAAUCUUACAACGACUUGUUGACUCUGCGCAACGAUAAGGCUUUGAAAUUGACAAAACUGGAGGAACUUCUGAAACAGUUUGAAAAGUCACAAAAAUCCUGUGAGCAGUUUCUGCACAGCAAGCGGAUGUUUUUGGGCUGUGGGGAGGUGCCCAGUAUCGAUCCUCAUUCACUGACAAAACUGAACGACGAGCUAGAACCCUGCAUGGAAGAACUAAGUUACUUCGAGCCCAAAGUUGAAGCAUUGAUGACAUGUAGCAGAGAGAUCAAUGACCUUUUGACCUCUGCUGAGAUAUCGAAGACUGGGACAGAAGGUACCGAGGACAAAAAGAGCAAAACCCCGUCACGUCAAGAAAUAGAGGUUCGUCAUGAGGCUGAGAAAUUCAGAUUGGAAGCAGACAACACCAAGCAGGAGUUUGAUCACGUGAAAGACCUUGCUUUGAAGAGAAAGGCAGUCAUUAAUGACCUUCUAAAACAGACAAACGAAUUCUUCCUGGAAAUGCGUUCGGUAACCCGCUGGCUCGAAGACAAGGAAAACAACAUGAGUCAUGCCGAACCCAUUUCUCUUAUGUCUUUGGAAACUAUCCAGUCUCAACUUACCAACCAGAAAAAGUUCUAUCAGUCUCUGAAUGACGGAUCAGAUGAUUCCAGUCAUCCGGUGUGCAGACUUAAACAGCUUCCGGCCAGACUGAGUGUGAUAAUGCAGAGUCUCCCACCAGAAUCCAAAGGAGCAAGUUUGGUCAGCAAAAAUGUGGACUCCUUGGUUGACAGAUACAACCACCUGGUGGAGAGAUCCCGUGAAAAACUAUCCCUUCUUCAGCUGGUUGACCAGCAGGUGGCCUCUUUCGAGGAGAUGCACGAAGAACUGCUGGGCUGGCUGCAGACCAAGGAGACAGCUAUCAACCAUCUGGGACUCAUCGGGGUCCAACAGGACCAACUCACACAGCUCAAACUACAGCUAAAGAUUCUGGAGGUGGACUUUUCGACGAAGCAAGUGAGAUUGGAUCAGUUCGUGCAGCUGGCUCAGACCAUGCAGCUUCACCUGAGUGCGCCAAUUAGAUCCAAGUCGACAGUGAAACAGAAGAUGACACUCGUCACGCAGACUUGGCAGGAUCUACAAAACAGAAUCAAAGACAGGAUGGUGUUGGCUGAAUCAGCCCUGAGGGAGAGUUCGAAGCUGAACGACUCACUCUCCGACGUGAAGAAGUGGCUGAAUGCGACGAAUGAGAAGAUGAAGGCAAUGCCUAUUCUCCACUUGGAUGUGAAAUCGAUCAACACACAGCUGGAGCAGAUACAGAGAAUUCAAUCCGAACUGGAAGAGAAGAAGAUGAAGUUGAACGAAGCCAAUGACGCGUACUUGCUACUGACCGAUAUGAGUGAGAGCAGAAGACAGAAGAAGAAAUUAGCCGAACUAAUUGAGAACAUCUCAGUGCCAUUCUAUGACCUGGCCGAGGCUCUGGAAUUAAGAAACGAGAAACUAAAUCGUUCACUCGUCACAAUGACCGAGUUCUCAUCCUCGCUUGCCGAAACAGUCGCGUGGCUGAAUCAAUGGAGUCAAAACCAACCCAAGUCAGUUCAGCUUUCAGCUGACUUUGAAACUCUCAAAUCAGAAGUGCUAUCACACGAACAACGAUUCCGAAACUUCGUGGCCAAAGAAGAAGUCGUUACCCAGUUGUCGCGAGCGGGUGACGAGAUCGUCUCAACAGAUGGAACCCUCAAUACGGACUCUUCGAUGGUGUUACAAAGUGAACUGGCUCAGCUGAAAUCUCUCUGGCAGGAAAAUAUGGGACUAGUGACUGUCCAGAGGGAGAAAAUAGAGCGCGUGACGUCAUCAGCCAGUGCGGUGGAUCAGACUGUGAAGACGUUGAGUCAGUGGCUUGCUGAGAUGGAGGUCAAGAAAGCGCAAAUUGAGCUGGGUCAUCUGGACUCGUACUCAAUUGAGACUUACAUUCAGAGCUUGAAGGUGUUUAACAAGCAGCUUGACUCGCACCUUCAAGAGAAAGAAACCCUGAUUGACGACUUGGUUCCCGAACUGCUACGAAAUGCCGACAAAGACUACGAACUUAUCGACUCGAAAGUCGACCAAUUAAAACAACGGUGGGAAGAUUUGAAGCAAUCAGUCGAAGACCAAGCCGUGAUUGGCGAAGACUUGCUGAAGAAACUAGCCAAUCACAAUGAGACAAUAAUGCAAGUGUACAACGAUUUGGCAUUCGUGAAAGAAUCAGCGGAAUCAAUGCGAAAGAAGGAAACAGGAGAGGUGCAACUCAAAGUCUUGACCAAUCUGCAAACUAACUGCUCAGAAAUGAAAGAAAAACUUGAGGAGCUAAAACACGCUUUUGACGAUUGUGCGAUUCCCGAAAGUUGUAAGCAAGAUGGAUUAGUUCAAGACGUAGAAAAACUGCAGACAGAUGUGAACAAAUUGAACGAAGAAAUUGAUGAACGGUUGAAACUUUACGUAGUUGGAUCUGAAACAACAAAAGUAAUCAACAAGAAACUUGAAGAUUUGGGAAUUUUGCUCAAUGCCGCGCAAGAUGAGCUGAACGCAGUUUCUGGAAAUGUCGGAGCUAGCAUACUUGUCUGUGAAUCAAUUGAAUCUAAGUUCGAUGAAAUUGGUGGAAAUAUCAGUCACUGCAACUCUGAUUUGAGUAUCAUUAUGGGCGAAAUUGACUCCGCUAAGAGUAAAAAUUAUCCAAUCAGCGAGUUAGUUUUGACACAGCAUGUGACUUAUCUUUCAGCUGAAUUUGAAAAUCUGGAAUCAGAGUUAAGUGAAGCUAGAUUGAGGAAUAAAAAUGCGAUGAAGACUUUUGAGAGUCUGAAGAGUAAUGUAGGGAAGGUCGAAGAGUGUUGUGGAGCUAGUGAGAAGGCUUUGGAGGCGAUCAAACAUCCGCAAAGUGUGAAGGAAGCCCGAGAUUCUGCCAUUGCUCUAGAUGAGAACAAAAUGACCAACUUGGACACCCUGGCCAACACUGUGUGCAGUGUAUCAUCGGAUGGAGUGCGACUCCUGAUGAGGGAGGACAGCAGACGCACAAUGACGUCAUCGAUGGGAGACAGGACUAAUUCUAGUGACCAGCUGGUGGCGGAGAUGGUGGAGAAUGCCAUACAGUCGGCUAAUUCGGCGCUGUUCAAGCAAAUGGACUCUCGACUUGAAACUGCAGCUGUAUUCUUCGCCCAGCCGGAAGAGUACAUCCCAGAGGGUGUGAAGUGUCUCUCGGAGGCCAUUGCACAGCACGAGGAACUGAGGACAGACGUUAACCUCAUGUUUGCCGCACCAAAACUGCACACUUGUGUAGCUGACACUAUACAGAUGCAAGAAGAACUGCUGAACAGGUUCCAAAUUGCGCUCGACGAGGCUGAACAGAAAGUGACCCAAUUCCCGGAACUGGGAGAGUCAGCGAAUUUCGAGGAACUGAAACAUGUGUUGGAAAAUGCAAGGGAGAAUCUAUCAGCCAAUAAAAUUAUGUACAACGAGAAUGCAGCUCAGAUUAAGGAGUUCUUCGAUACUCUGAACCCCUUAAGAGACUGGCUGAACCUGAAGAUGAAGGAAAUCGACUCGAUCAGUAGACAUGGAAGCAUAGAUCCAGAAACCAUCCAGAGGCAGAUGCAACAAAUGGAGCAAAUCAGUCUCUCAAUCGAGAAACAAGUUCCACAAAUCGAACACAUCAUCGAACUUGGAUCCCAACUUACUGGGGAUUCGAAAGACACUGUCUUUUCUGAAGUGUACUAUGCAUGUGUGGACAUGCGCGAGAGCCUGGGUGACCUUGAAAACGCAAUCCAGACCACAUGUGAGGGCCUUGAACGGACCCUGGAUGACCUGAGUGAGUUUGAGGCUGAAAAUGAUGAGUUGAUCGAGUGGUUGACAGCGGCGGAGCAGAGAAUCCAAGCGGAAGGAAACGUGUUGAUUGUGCCUGACGAUAUUCAAAUUCAAGUUGCACGCAAUAGAGUCAUCGACCGAGAAAUCAAGAACCACGCACAACAAGUAGACGGGUUGAUAGAACUAGGUGAAAACUUACUGAAAAACAGCGGCGAGUCGGGGCACAAAAUUGCCCUUCAAAGACGACUAGAUUCAGUUGACCAGCUGUUCGAAAAUGUCUCUGAACUGAGUUCAGAUCGCAUUAGGAAGCUCUCGGCUGCCCUCCCAUUGGCUACUGACUUCGGCGAGACUCAUCGGAACUUAGCCGAGUGGUUCGACACCAUGGAAGCCGAGUUGUCGAGUAAACUAAGUGGCAGCUGGGACCAACUGUUGGUCAAACAUGAUGAACGAAUGAAACAACUCUCGCAGAGAAAGUCGCAGCUUGAUAUCAUAAACGACUGCGGUCCUAAAUUGGUAGCGUUAACGAGUGGCGACGAAUCGCGAAUUGUGGAAAGUUCGAUUCACGACAACAAUAACAGAUUCAGAGAGAUAGAAAUUGGACUGAAAGAAAGAGGUGCCCAGCUUGAGAAGUCGUUAAACGAAACGAGCGAGUUCAAAGCUCAGGUCAAUGAGCUGUUCGCAUGGGUGGAAGCAAAUAUGAAAGCAAUCGAAGCAAUCCAACCUGUAAGCAUUGACAAAACGAAUGUCAAGCAGUGCAAGAAACAAGAUGAUGUCCUUCGGAAACUCUUCGAAAGUUUACCUGAAAAAGAAAUUUUACGAGACGAACUGGUGAAACGAAGUGACGAUUUGGCAAAACGAACCAAAGACCGAAGUGCACGACACGAAUUGCUAGAUUUGAUGCGAUCGCUUAAGUCGAACUUCUCAAAUUUGGCAUCAAACGGAGAAUCUUUGAGACAGUUUUUGGCUCAAUCGGAUCCGCUCGUUGAAGAAAUCCAUGAUGUUGCGAGCCCGCUUUCUGAUUGGCUGGACGAAGUUGAACCAACUAUUCUAUCCGAAAUGACCAAUCAGAACUUCGCAAGUUUGAGUGAAGAAGACUUGAAAGAAGAGCAAAAUAAAUGCUUGGAGUUCCAGGAACUGAUCCAGUCUUACAGAGUUUCUGUGUCUAAAAUACAGAAGAAUGUUUCUAUGGUGCAAGCACUGUAUAAACCGAUUGAAGGUUCGCUGACCAAUAAAGAUGCAGCCGAGAACCAGUCGGUGGCAGAGCUGAACAGAUACGUUAUGUCCCUGGUAGAAAGGUACAACUCACUUGGAGCGAAUGUGGAAGAUAGAGCACAACAGCUGUACUUUGACAUCCAGGAAUCACUACAGCAUCGUGAGGCGAUUGAAGCAAUUGCCGAAUACCUUUCGGGAGCUUACGAGAGUCUUAUCGCACCAGAAUCAAUCAGUUCAGACCCGAAGAAAUUGAAAGAGCAAAUCAAAAGUAUGGGCACCCUCCGAAAAGAAGUAGACGGUAAAGAAGUCGAAAUCGAGAAAGUCCGAGUGAAUGCUGAACAACUUCUGAAAACAAAUCCGAAUGACAUAAUCGGCAAAGAUUUGAUGCAAAUGGUCAAAGAAGCGAACGAUUCGCAUGCUCAAGUCAAGGAUUUAAUCUCCUCGCGAGAAGUAAUGCUUGAAAGUGCGUACGAGACGUGCAGUAAGUUCUGGCGCGAACUAAAACGUGUGAAUAGAUCUGUAAAAGAGCAAAUUGAGUCCUUAGACACAAGUGUGAAGACUGACCCACCAGGUGUGAAGAAACAUUAUAUCACACAGCAACAAGCGUUCCUUCAGGCCAUUAGAGAAGAAAUGGAGGGGUUAGGAGAUGAAGUGGAAUGGGCUCAGAACGAGGGCGCUCAGUCGGUAUUGGGAUCGGUAGCCGAAGUUGAAAAGGCGCUCGUGUUCCGAGUUGUGGAAGAGAUGCAAAACAACUGGGAUACUUUGAAUGCGAUGUUCAACGACAGAGAACAAUCGCUUGCUGCAGCUUUGGCAAAUAGCGAGCAAUUUACUAGAUCUAGUCAGGAGCUGAAACGAUGGCUUGGAAAGACUGAAAAAUCACUGAGCCAAAUGCCAAAGAACUUCGACUCUGCAUUCAAAGCACAACACGCUAAAACUGACUUGCGAAAACUGAAACAUGAAUUAGGACCUAAACAAGUAGAACUAGACGCCUUUAUUACCAAAGGGUCCAAAAUGAAAGCGGAUUCGACCCCUACUUACCAAGAUGAAAACGACGAACUCUCGGGUCUGAGGCCGAUCAAUGACCCGGCGACUCAUUUUAUCGAUUCAGAAAUAGACGAAGUUCAGUCGAGAUGGGAGAAUGUGUGCAUGUCUAUCAUGGAAAGACAGCAGGAAGUUGACGAAGCUUUAUUGAGAUCUGGAAAUGACGAUUCCACGCUUCAUGAAGUUCAGCUGUGGCUAGACAAGGCGGAGCAGGAGGCAUCAUCAAUGAAGCCUGUUGCUGGAGACAUGGCCUCAAUUGAAGUGGAGAUAGCCAAACUGAAGAUGCUCCAGAAUGACCUCCACUCUUACCAGUCUAGACUGGACAUUCUGGUUAGAGGGAGUAGGAACAGUGGGAAGGAGUACAAUGUUGAGGAGAUGAACCAGAUGAAGAUGAGGAUGAAUAAGAUCAGCACUGCUGCUUUCAAGAGGCAAAAUGAGUUGGAAACUGCAAAACGACAGGCGGUACGUUUCCAAAACUCCAUCAACAAACUAUCUGAGUGGCUGCAAUCGAAGGAACCCUACGUCAUGACAUCCAAACCCCUCGGUGGAUUCCCUAAGACCAUCACAGCCAACUUGAAGAUCGUGAACAACCUCCUCUCCGAAUUCCGGGAAAAAGAGGGCAGUAUAUUGAAACCUGUGAGGCAAGAGGCGACUCAGAUGUUGAGCAUUUGUAAGGGGGAUGCGGAGUGUGAGGCUGCGAUUAAACAGGCGAUGAAGGCAGUGGAGGAUAAGUGGUCAAAUGCACAUACGAAAGCUAUUAAUAGAAAGGCGGCUCUAGAAGAUGUCUUGCAGCGGUCCAAACAGUUCGAGGAACAACUGAACUCCCUAAUCCAGUGGCUGACUGAGGCCAACAGCAAGGCAUCUACAAACAAGGACGUCAGUGUACUCGUGGAGGGAGUCAACAGACAGAUCGAACAGCUCAAGCCUCUGUUGGAAGAAGUGGAACAAAAGAGACAAGCUGUGAAUGAGUUGGAGAAGAAUUCGUUCGAGCACAAGAGCAACAGUGAGAAGCAGGAGAUGGCCAUAAUCAAGAACCUAGUCAUAGACAUCAAACACAGAUAUGACCAAGUGGCCAAGAAAGUGAGAGACCAGUCUAAGAGACUGGAUGACGGAGCCAAGAGAGCCAAACAGUAUCAUGGUCAAUGGAAGAAAUUAUACGACUAUCUAUGUGAGGAAGACGCUAAGAUGAAGACAGACGACCUUGCUUUGACUACCAACGUAGCACUGCUGAAACAAGAUCUAGCCAAACACAAGGAGGUGCAGAAGGGCAUCCAGCAGAAGCAGCACCAGGUCGAAACUAUUCUGAAAGCAGGCAAGACAUUGAAGGAGAAGUGCAGGCCAUUUCCCAACGACACGGAGUCCCUGAACAAGAUGAUGAAAGACCUCAGGACCAAGUGGGAGAGCGCCACCACCAGGGCUGCUAGCAGACAGCACCACUUGGAGAGUGCCCUGGUGAGGUGUGGCCAGCUCAAAGAUGCCCUGGGGGUACUGAAGGAGUGGCUGCUGGCGCAGGAGGGUUCUCUUGACCCCAAGGCACCUCUACCCAUAGACACGGAUUCCAUCAAUCAUACCAUACAACACAAUAAGGCCCUAAUGCGUGAACUGUCCACCCGCCAAAAGAGCAUCGACAGUCUGGUUCGCAGUGCAACUGAGCAAGGAGACGACACUCUGAAGGAGCAGUUGGCAGAGCUGGUCGCCCACUGGAAGACAGUGAACCAGCUGGCAGCUCAGAGGAAAGAUAGACUAGAGCAGUUGCUUGCAGAGGCCAAAAUGCUAGAUGAAGGAUUCAAAGAAAUGUACAUGUGGAUGGGAGAAGCGGAACAACGUGUGCGUUUCCACGGACCGCUUCCGGACGAAGUGGAGAAACUAGACCAGAUGCUGCUGGAACACACUGAGUUCUCAUCUCUGAUGAACCAGGAGCAGUCCUACUACCUGGACGGCGUGGUUAAGAAGGGAGAAGAUAUGAUCAAGAGGAGUGCUCUGUUGAUUCAGCCCAAUGGAGGUGCUCUGAACACAAUUGCGGCCGCUAGUAACCAGAAAAUGAGACGGGAGAUACAAGCAGUAACUGACAAGUGGUCGGAAGUGAGUGGUUUGAUGGGAUUGAAGACUGACCAGCUGAAUGGGGCUCUGAAUGCUGCCAGACAGUCGGAACUGCUGCUGGAAGACAUGGUGGCAUGGAUGUCUCGCACAGAAGACACCCUCGCCCAUGCAUCACAACACCCAAUUCCGAAUGAUUUGGACGCAAUCGAAGGUCUUCUAACUGAGCACGAGGAACUAGAAGAUGAGAUGACCAACCGGCAACUGGACAUGGAUCGACUUCUAUCUGGACCCAACUUUUCCCUCAACACCACAACCCAGAGAUCCCGGGGCCACCAGAGAGGAGCGGGCACGGGGGCGGCUAGCAGGGCUUCGUCUACUGAUACGAACCCACUGUCGGCUAUUCCGGACGGGAUUGCGAGCAAGAUGGUGGACAAGAAGGGAAGGAAGACUAAGAUUCCGAUCAAAGCGGGAUACAAGAAUUCAGCAACGGACAAAGCGAGAAGCACUAGAUCACCAAGCGUGAACUCCUCCUCCCCCGACCGCAGUGGCCAGGCCAGUCCCAGAAGUGGAAGCCACUCCGGCAUCGGACCCUCACGCGCUAUUGGAGGCGGCACCGGCACUACUCUCCGCCAAGCAGACAGUCGGGACUCCCUGGUCAGCGGAACGAGUAGUGUGGGUACUGGCAGUAGACACGGAGGCAGUAGGGGUGAAUGGAGUUCGAACCCCAGGGUGCUUCAGGCGAAGAGGAAAUAUCAGAGAUUAUGGCUGCAGGCUAUGGAGAGGAAAAGAAAAUUGAACGCUGUCAAGGAACAGAUACUCGAGGAAACGGCGCUGGAGAACUUCAGCUUCGAGGAGUGGAGACGGAACUACAUGAAGUGGAUGCAGCACAAGAAGAGCAGAGUGAUCGACUUCUUCCGCAAACAGGACACUGACUGCGACGGCAAAGUGACCAAGCAACAGUUCAUAGACGGCAUCAUUAAGUCAGCCAGAGGAACAGAAGAGGGGUCCACUAGUUAUCAACGAGGAUUCACAACGAACCGGACUGAAAUGAAUGCUGUCGCAGACAUAUUUGAUAGUGACCAGGACGGCUACAUAGACUAUCAGGAGUUCAUGUCCGCUUUGAGACCAGACAGGGUCAGGGCGGGUCAAGGGUCAAGUGCCCUCGGAGGUCCAGGGAGGAAGGUGUCCCGAGGGGGAAGUAGUGACGAGGAGAAGAUCAUGACGGAGUUGAAGAGACAGAUAUCACAUUGCACUUGUUGCAAACAGUUUAUGGUCAUACAAGUUGGAGACGGAAAGUACAGGUUUGGAGAGUCGCAGCGCAUGCGGCUGGUGCGAGUGUUGAGGGCAACAGUAAUGGUGCGAGUAGGCGGGGGGUGGCAAGCACUCGAGGAGUUCCUUGUCAAAAACGACCCUUGCAGAGACUGCAGAUCUCAGCGCCGGAGGACUAAAACCUCCGUAGGGGGCUUGCCAAAUGGGGGCUACUCUUUCAACUCACUAUGUAGCACCCCCUCAGCCACUGCUAUUUGCGACUCAUGUCCUAGCGACAAAGCAAGGGCAUGUUGCCAGACAUUACUUAGUUCGGCCUCGUAUCCUUCUUCGGCUCUCUGUCCGAGUUGUAAACCACUUGAUAAUGUCGACGCUGGAAAUCCGAAUAGUAUUCCAGCUACUAAAGCCACGGCUGCGAACAUCCCAUCUCCCAAAUAUGUCAUAGUAAUUCAGGACUCAGCGCCUGGGCGCAUUAGCUUAGAGGUCAAAGACCAGCAGCAUUUUUUUGGCGACGGGACUGCAACUAAUUUGAACUCGAAGCAAAUGCCCACCAAACUACAAUCCAAUAACAAAGCUUCGAACCCAAUUUUAUUCAAAAAACCAUCUAAUGACUCUCUAUGGACGUUCAAAUCACGCAACCAAACAUCAGCAAGAGAUAGACAAAAAGACAUUUUGACAACUGUUCAACAACAACAUCAAGGGGAGCUCAAAAGGGUGAAAGAGUUGCCCAAUGAACCGUACAUUACAGAAGAUCAGCACAAAUCGUCGUCACAAAGUGCUCCAAGAAGUCCACGCACACCUAGGAUUUCUACUGGCAACACCGGAAUCCCAGCUCCAUCGACCCGAAUUGUGGAUACCCAAAAACAGACAUUUGUAUCCACAGAUAUGAGCUCGCCACACUCGGGCAGGACUAGUGGAGUCACUAACGUGCGAACUAUUACGUCACAACUCAGAACUGUUCACACCCCUCACCAGCAUCAAUGCCAUGCACAACCAUCAGCAACGUCACGAGGUGUUACGUCAUCCAUGGUUACAUCACCUACUCCUACGACACCGCCGAGUAGUAAAAAGGCAGAAAAUGGUGCAAAAAAUACGGCAUCUUCCAGAAUACCACUACCACAAACUAAAAAACUGUAGAAAAAUACUUUUGAAUGUUUGCGCGGAUAACUGUCUUCGAAUUAUCGCAAUAUUCAUAAGCAUCAAUUUCAACGAGCUUUCCAUUUGCAUCAAAAACCAAUGCACAAUUUUGUUAAGGUUCUAGAUGCUAUCAAUGUUCUUCGUUUUCUUUUCUAUUACUUUAGCUUUGGUUCAUGAAAGGACAUGACCAUUAAUUCCUAUUCUUUGAUUCUAUCACCUUUUCUGUGCUGGCUAGAAAUUUAUCAAUUUAGAAAUGCUACAAUAUUUUGAAAAUCAACUUUUUUAUAAUUCGUGUAAAAUUGAAUGAAUGAAUGCUGUAUUUGAAUGUUUAGAAACUAGUUUAUAUUAGCAAUUAAUGCACAGCAAAUCUUGCUCUCACGUGAGUUGGGAAUUUUUAACUAACAGAGUAAAUUAUCGAUUCAUUUUUGUAUCCUUUGAGAAUUUGCUUUGAUUUGCAAUUUAAAUUUAAACUAUCGA